AUGACAAUAACAAAGAUCCCAGUCUUGGAUUUAUCAAAAUACAACCAAGAAAACCCAAAUGAUGAGAACUCAAAAGAGUUCUUGAGAGAAUUAUUCCAAGCAAUGACAGAAAUUGGCUUCUUUUACGUGAAGAAUCACAAUGUUCCCAUAGAGCUACAACAAAAGUCAUUUGAAGUUAUCAAAUCCUUUUUUAAAUUGCCUCUUGAGGAAAAGCUAGAAAUUGAAUUGAAGAACUCUCCUCAUUUCAGAGGUUACUCUCGCCUAUAUGCCGAAACAACAGAUUAUAAGCAGGAUAAUAGGGAGCAAGUGGAUGUAGCAAAAGAAUGGCCGCCUCAGCCGAUUGAAGGAAAUCCAGCUUAUGUGCAACUCAGAGGACCAAAUCAAUGGCCAAAGCAGAUUCCUGAAUUUAAACAAGUGAUUACUCAGCUUAUGGACAACAUGACGCGUGUGGGUUUAAAGAUUUUGAAAGCAAUGUCUCAAGUACUGCAAAUUGAUCAGGACAAAUUUAUGGGUUUGUUUGGUAGCGAAGACACGGCAGGAGUGCGUAUGAAGUUACUGCGCUAUCCAGCUUUAAAUGAUCCUGUUGAUCGACCACUGGAUCAUGGGUUAGGCGUAGGGCCACAUAAAGAUGCAGGUUUCUUGGCGUUAUUACUUCAAGAUGAAAUUGGUGGACUUCAAGUACAAACUCAGGAUGGCGAAUGGAUUGAUGCAGACCCUAUACCAAACACAUUUGUAGUCAAUAUUGGAGAAAUAUUUGAGCGCUUGACAAAAAAGACGUUUGUAGCAACCACGCAUCGAGUCUUGAACAAGGAGUCGGCUGCAUACACUGAUAGAUACUCUAUUCCUCUGUUUUUAGCUCCUGCAUUAGAAACGAGAAUCCCCCAAAUCGAUAUUCCUGUUGCAAACAAAAAAGUUGUCUACUCUGAUGUAAAAGAGGAGCAGUUACUGCAAAACGAAGUGUAUGGCUUAAAUGAACUACUUUCUUAUAUACGAAGCCAUAAAAAAGCCGCUGAAAGAUGGUAUUACUUAGACGAAACAACAAAUGAAUGGCAUCGACGAAAUGUACCUCUUCCUGUUUAA